AUGUCCAAGUCCAGGAGCGCUAGUCUCGAGAUCGUACCCCCCGCGACAUCGCGCGUCAGAGAGAACCCCGCUGUCCCACCCGCCUCCCACAAGCACAACCGCAAGCCAGUAGAGGAAGACCCCGAUGACGCCGACGCAGAUGCUGAAGGAGACGAGUUGGACAAUCAGCCCCCGCCGGCUCCCGCUCCCAAGCCUGCAGCGGCAGCAGCAGCAGCUACUACGACAAACAUACCAAACGCGCCAAAGCCCUGCGACCGCUGCGCGCGCACCGGCAAGCCCUGCAAGGGAGUGGCGGGUUCCCGAUGCGAAUACUGCAAACGGUUGAAGCAAAAGUGCUCCAACAGCUCCGGGCCUCCUCGUAAAAGCGCAACCACUGCUCCCAAGCCCGCACCUGCUCCCAAGAGGCCCGCGGAAACGGCGGGCGCGAAAGCCCCGGCUGGCAAGGGUGCUGCGCCUUCUCAACUUCCGUCAAAGCGCAAGGCGCCAGCAAGCGCUCCGCAAAACGGCGCGGUAGACAACCACGAUCUCGACGGAGAAGGCAGCACUGUUGAAGAAGAACACGACUCCGGGACUAGGCAUAACAAGAAGCGCCGGGUCGCCAAGGGGCCUACGCGUCUUCAGCUCGUCAAAGCCGUUAAUGACAUUGAGGCCUCGAUGAAGCGCGUCCAGGCAUCUGUCGCCAAAGAGGUGGAGAAGAUGAGUGGAAUCGUCAAGAUUCUCAACGCAAAGAUCGAAGAAAUGGACGAUGAGUAG